AUGGGUUUGCCUUUAGAUCAAGCAGAAGAAUUGCGUCUCUACCAGCAAACUCUCCUCCAGGAUGGACUCAAAGACAUGUUGGACCACAAUAAGUUUCUGGACUGUGUUUUUUUCUUAAAAGUCAAGGGGAAAGCGUUUCCCUGCCAUCGGCUGGUGCUGGCAGCAUGCAGCCCCUAUUUCCGAGCGAUGUUCCUCUCAGACAUGGAAGAGAGCAAGAAGAGGGAGGUCAGUUUAGAAGAUGUUGAUCCAGACGUCAUGGGCAAGAUCCUCCAUUAUAUCUACACCUCUGAGCUGGAGAUCACAGAGCAGAAUGUGCAGGACAUCUUCUCCGUGGCCAACAUGUUCCAGAUCCCCUCCAUCUUCACCGUCUGCGUGUCCUUCCUGCAGAAGCGGCUCUGCCUCAGCAACUGCUUGGCUAUCUUCAGGCUGGGCUUGAUGCUGGACUGUGCCCGGCUGGCCGUGGCAGCUCGGGAUUUCAUUUGUGAUCGCUUUGCACUGGUUUCUCGUGACGAGGAGUUCUACCAGCUCUCCCCGGACGAGCUUAUUGCCAUCAUCUCCAGUGACUCCCUCAACAUUGAGAAAGAGGAGACUGUCUUUGAAGUGGUGAUGAAGUGGGUGGGGACCAAGGACCAUGACAGCCGGCAGAAGGCCUUGCCUGUCAUCUUUGAAAGCAUCCGCUUCCGCCUCAUGCCCAAUGACUACAUCAAGGACCACGUGGAAAAGCACACCAUGGUGAAGUCCAGCCCAGAGCUGCUCAAGAAACUGCAGAUGGUGAAGGAUGCCCAAAAAGGCAAAUUCACUGUGGUGAAGAAGAAGAAAGUGAAGAAAAGCAGUGGAAAGCAAGAGAAAGACAAUGUUGUCAAUGGAGCAGUAGAGGAGGAGGAAGAUACAGAGGAGGAUGCUCUCCCAGGGAUCUUAAAUGACACAAUGCGCUUUGGGAUGUUCCUUCAGGACCUUAUUUUCAUGGUGAGCGACAGUGGAGCAGUGGCCUAUGAUCCCACUGCCAAUGAGUGCUAUUUUGCCUCCCUGUCUACUCAAAUCCCAAAGAACCACAUCAGUCUGGUGACCAAAGAGAAUCAGAUCUUCAUUGUUGGAGGACUAUACUACAACGAGGACAGCAAAGAGGAUCCCAUGAGUUCCUAUUUCCUACAGUACGACCAUCUGGAUGCAGACUGGCUGGGGAUGCCCCCGCUGCCCUCCCCUCGCUGCCUCUUUGGCCUGGGAGAGGCAGAAAACUCUAUAUUUGUGGUCGGAGGGAAAGAACUGAAAGAGGGAGAGAAGACUUUGGAUUCGGUUCUGUGCUAUGACCGGCUGUCCUUCAAGUGGGGUGAAGCUGAUUCCCUCCCUUAUGCAGUCUACGGCCAUGCGGUGGUAUCGCACAACGGUCUUGUCUACGUCAUUGGUGGCAAAGGAAGUGAUAAGAAGUGCCUGAAAAAGAUGUGUGUCUACAACCCAUCCAAGUUUGAGUGGAAGGAGCUGGCUCCCAUGAAAACCGCCCGCUCCUUGUUUGGAGCCACUGUGCAUAAGGACAAGAUCUAUGUGGCGGCUGGCGUGACCGACUCCGGCUUGACCAACUCAGUGGAAGUCUAUGACAUUGCCACCAACAGGUGGGACACCUUCACUGAGUUCCCGCAGGAGCGCAGCUCCGUCAGCCUGGUGAGCUUGGCUGGGGUGCUCUACCUGCUUGGAGGGUUUGCCACAGUGGAGACAGAGUCGGGAGAGCUGGUGCCAACGGAGUUGAACGACGUUUGGAGAUAUGAUGAAGAACAGAAGAAGUGGGAAGGGGUCCUCCGGGAGAUCCAAUACGCCUCCGGUGCCACUUUCCUUCCCGUGCGCCUCAACAUUUUGCGCCUAACAAAGAUGUAG